AAUACGAAAAAUUAGCACGACAAUAGCACCCCACAAUCAUACUACUAAAAAUACGUUGCCAAAAACCACCCUGAGGCCUCCAGUGUCCGGUUAAAGUAAUGGCCGUGGCUUGGUUUUUCAGGCCAUUUCUUUUGUUGUCAUCUUUCUUGGUCCUGUUACCAUUGACAUUUUCGAUAUCAGAUUCUGAGGCCUUGUUAAAGCUCAAGAAAUCUUUUACCAAUGCUAGUGCUCUCGAUUCUUGGGUGCCCAGCUCGGCCCCUUGCGAUGAAGAAAGACCUUGGAAUGGACUGCUUUGUUAUAAUGGCAUUGUUACGGGUUUGCGUCUUGAAGGAAUGGGAUUAUCAGGAAAUAUUGAUGUUGAUGCUCUGGUUGGGAUGAAAGGUUUGCGUUCUUUCAGUGUUAUGAACAAUUCUUUUACAGGCGUCAUUCCUGAAAUCAAUCGUUUGGGUGCUUUGAAGGCUUUAUUCUUGUCAUGGAAUCAGUUUUCAGGUGAAAUUCCAUCCGAGUAUUUUUCCAAAAUGAAAUCACUCAAGAGAGUUUGGUUAUCAAAUAACAAAUUUACAGGAAACAUUCCAUUUUCAUUGGGUCGGUUGUCUCAUCUCAUUGACUUACAUCUCGAAAGCAAUCAAUUUAGUGGACAUAUUCCUGCUUUUGAUCACCCAACUUUGAAGUCUAUCAAUUUAUCAAACAAUGAACUUGAAGGAGAGAUUCCCUCUAGUUUGUCAAAAUUCAAUGUAAAAUCAUUCUCGGGAAAUCCAGGUCUUUGCGGAGAAAAAGUGAGCGUUGACUGUAGCAAGGAAGUUGAAGGAUCUCCAGGACCAACGCCAACUGCAAACAACACUGAUCCUCGACAUGAUAAAAAUGUUUCCAUAAAAAUUAUUGCUGCAAUCAUAGCGUUAGGAUUGAUACUACUUUCACUGGUUCUCUUCUUUGCAUUUAGAAGUAGGAAAAAUGAGCAACAGGACUGCAAUGCGGUUGGAAGGGAAAGCUCAAUCGAGGCGAUUGAGGUGCAGGUUUCGGUGCCAGCUAGAAGAGAAGUGGAAGUAAAUAGCAGAAAGAGUGCAAGCUCUAGCCGUAGAGGGUCUAAUCAUGGAAGGGCCAGUGUUAGUACUGUAGCAGAACUAGUCAUGGUAAAUGAUGAAAAGGGUGUUUUUAGGUUGCCAGAUUUGAUGAAGGCAGCAGCAGAAGUGCUCGGAAAUGGAGCGCUGGGGUCUUCUUAUAAGGCCAUGAUGGCUAAUGGAGCAGCCGUGGUGGUGAAAAGGAUGAGGGAGAUGAAUGCAUUAGGGAAAGACGCGUUCGAUGCAGAGGUUAAAAGGCUUGGAAAGCUACGACACGCCAACAUUUUGACACCUUUAGCUUACCAUUACCGGAAAGAGGAAAAACUUUUUGUCUAUGAGUACCUUCCUAAAGGCAGUUUGCUUUACCAAUUGCAUGGUGAGCAUGGCACAUCCCAUGUUGAACUUGAUUGGCCUGCCAGACUAAAGAUUGUGCAAGGCAUUGCCAAGGGACUAGAUUAUCUCCAUACUGAACUUGCUUCUCUUGAUGUGCCUCAUGGCAAUCUCAAAUCAAGCAAUGUUCUGCUCGGCCCUGAUAAUCAUCCAUUUCUCUCGGACUAUGGAUUUUGCCCAUUCGUAAACAUCGAUGGGGUAGAAGCCCUGUUUGCUUCUAAAACCCCAGAAGCUAUACAAUAUGGAACAGUAUCUCCUAAAAGUGAUAUAUACUGCCUAGGAAUUAUCAUUCUUGAGAUCCUUUUAGGGAAAUUCCCUUCUCAAUAUCUUAGCAAUGGAAAAGAUGGAACUGAUAUAGUCCAGUGGGUGGCAUCUGCAUUUUCAGAAGGGAGACAGGUUGAAUUGCUUGAUCCAGAGAUUGCGGGCUGCCAAAAUUCACUUGGCAGCAUGGAGAAGCUCCUCCAUAUUGGCGGACUUUGCACUCAAAGUAAUCCUGAGCAGCGAUUAGACAUGAAAGAAGCCAUUAGAAUGAUAGAGGAGAUACAAGUAGAAGGAGACCUAGAGUCUCACUCUCAGACUAGAACGACGCAAGUCUUACCAUCUCUUCGAGAUGGAUUCGCAGAUGCACCAAAUAGUAACUGAUCUAGUUUCCGAGAAUGAAAUGUUUAGCAAGCAACAAGGAGACAUGCAGGGGUCAGACGAUGGAGCUGGGCGUCGUAAUUUGAUACUUUUGUCUUCGGCAUCUCCUGGACAGCUACAAAGC